UCAGUGAUCUGUUUUAUGAUCUGGGUUUCGAUGAUCAAGUUGAUGCAUUGUGUUCUGGAGCCAUUUCUCUCUGUUCUUUGAAUGGAAAGUUAGGUUUUUUUUUUGGGUAAACUUGGAGACAUUCCUAAACCUUCUAGCUCGGUUUCUGAGGUUGUCUUUUUGACUUUUGAGAUUAAUGGGGACUGUGUCUCUAGGUGACUUUAAGAAGCAAGCAUCUUUCUUCCUCCAAGAGAAGUACAAAACUGUUAAGCUUGCCUUGACUGAUGUUACUCCUGCAGAACUGUUGGCUGAGGAAGCAAUAAACAGUGAUUCAUGGGGUCCUGAUGCUAAAACAAUGACUAGAAUAGCAGAAGCAUCUUUUGACAUAGAUGAUUAUUGGAGAAUUGUUGAUGUCAUUCAUAGGAGGCUGUAUGAGGUUGACUGGAAGCAAUGGAAACAGUCAUACAAGUCAUUGGUACUACUUGAUUUCUUACUCACUCAUGGUCCUGAAGACUUUGUUGAAGAAUUCCAGUGUGACAAGGAAGUCAUUGAAGAACUUGGAACAUUCAAACACAUUGAUGAAAGAGGGUUAAAUUGGGGUGCCAACAUUCAAAAGAAAUCAGAGAGAUUACUGAACCUCCUACAAGGUGGAGAGGUACUCAAAGAAGCCCGUAACAAAGCUCUCAAAGUGACCAAGGAGAUCAAAGGCUUUGGAAAUUUAAUGGCCUCUCCUUCCUCUUCCUCUUCCUCUCCCUUAUCAUCCUGUGGAUAUUCAAGAACUUCAUCUUUUGGUUCAUAUUCCACUAAUACUAGUACAUGGAAUGAAACUGAUAAACUAAGAAAAACUGAUCAACACCCACUCUCUGAGAAUCUUAAUGAAAAUUACUCACUAGGAGGAGAGACAUUUUGUACUUCCUUAACAAAUGGUAAGAACGAUGAAGGGUUGUAUCUCUGGGAUUCUCCUAUUCAAGAGUGUGGUUCAUUGCUCGAUUCCGAGGAAGAAAAAGAAGGAACAGAUAGUUUCUUAAGUGGAAUUAGCUCAAGGCUUGGUGUCAAUAGUCCAUCAAAAUAUGAGGGAAGUAAGGCUAUGCUUAGAAGCUUUUCAGAUGUUGGGAAAGCGAUGAAGAAGAAGAUCGAUCGCCAGUUCUCCUUCGGAAAUCAAUAGGCUUGGAGAAAAACUCUCUCACACACCAGAAUUAGUUCAUUUCUCAUAAUAUUGCAUAUUAUCAAGUGUCUAACCCUUUUUAUUGGGUAAAUCUGCUGGAUAUGUAACUUCUUAUGUACAUAUGUAUAUGCAAUAAUGUGAUGAAGUAUUCUGUAAUGAACACAUAAUCUGACAAUCAGAAUAAAGUUCUCAUGUCCCUGUA